CCCACUCUUCCAGUGAUUCUGUUUGUAAACUUGAUUUCUUUUGCUUUAUUUUCUUUGCCUGAUUUAGGCACAUAAUUGUAGUGCUUAUUAAAUACUUAACCAAUUGUGACGAAACGAAAAAAUAUUAAUAUAAAAUAUGGAUAUAAUUACAAGUACCGAAGACCUUUGCCCUGAUAGUAAAACAAUUCAAGAGAACAUCCUUUUUUAUAUUAUAAAAGAAGUGUGUGGUAAUCAAAAUUGUGUUCUUUCACCUAAGCUUGCUGGAAAAGUAAGAAGAAUAAUUGCUGACUGCGAUCUAUCGCACUAUUCAAGUUUACAUAAACUAAGCACAGCUGAUGAAAGUACUUCUACUUUACUGGGAUUAAUGCACAAAACUGAGGCAGAGUUAACAUUUGAUGAACAAGCUGAACUGAACCAAGCAAUCAUAAACAAAAUUCAGAACAAAAUACCAAUCUUUACUUCGGAAUUAAACAAAUUAAAACAAAACAUUGGCAGUGGAAAGAAAACAAGAAAAAAUGAAAUAAAAGAACUCCAAGAAAGUUUGGAUGACAAACUAAAUACAUUAAAAGAACAGGAAAAUCAAAAGGUCGAGCUCAUGGUGGAAUGGCUCAACCAUCGUCUGCAAGAAGUUUCAUCAUUUAGUAACAAUUCCAGUGAACUAUUGACACUAAAAACAAGAAUAUUAGAGCUAAAAUCUAAAAUACUGCAUCUUCAGAUUCUACGGAACAUCUACACAGAGACAAAUCAAUCUAUCAAAGCCUAUAGUGAAAUACAUAAGGAUCUUAAAGACAGUAUCAAAGAAACUGAACUAAGAAUCAAAAACUUUAAAGACAUUAUUGAAAGCGAUUACAAUUAGAAAAGUAGUGUCGAAUUAAUUUUUUUUCCUCUUUUCUGGUGUGUAUCUAUGCUAUUUGAGCGCAAAAUAUUCUGCCAAUGUCACAUAUAAAAUAGUUAACACAUGUGUCAAAUCUAUAUAACUU